UUGCGGAGAAAGGAGCGUUGUGGGGGGACUGAGGAGAGGUGCAGAGGGAGAGGAGGAAAAGGAACAGGAAAGAAGAGACAAAGAAACUCGAACCCGCACGAACGCGCCGCUGCGAGACGUAUUCGCGAUACGUCUAAUAACAUGACCAAUACACAGGCACGUGCAAUCUUAUCUUCGUAGCGAGGAGAGGAUGGUUGCGGAUACAGUUAAGUAGCGGCACUUUGAUCCACAAAUGCGCCAUGUGUUCCGAGUUUCGAGCGAGCUGCCGAUCCCAGUGACGAUAUAACUUAUCGGUCGGGCACGGACGAAAAUAUACGUGCCGCUGCGCUUUAAUCUUUUCUCGUUGGGAGCACACAGUUUAGGUGUUACCAAAUCAGCGUCAUCAAUCAUUUUUCAAAGAAGUAUCUGUACCUUUGGAGUAAUUGUAACAGAAGCAGUUGAGAAUUGGUCGUUUCGACCCACCUGGUAGUUCUAGUGUUAACGCACGAUCAACGUAAGGUUCGAUACAAUUUCAUGAAUAGUUUAUGAAAAAGAUUCCAAGGUUGAGAACCAGCCGCGGAGAGUCCGUGUAACCUCCAAUUACUGGACGUACCCUGUCCGUACGCCUCGAAUUCCGUGUAACCAUUUUCCGAGGUGGGAAUCGUACGAUCUUCCCGUUGGCCGUCGCGAUCUCGAACAGUGACGACCACUGAAUCGGACUGUAUUGUACGAGACAGAAAUCUCGUCGUAGCCUUGCGAGAGGAGACAAUGGAGUGCAUCGACGGGUAAUAGCGGAUCAAGCGUACGUGCGUGUGUUCCGUCUCUAGGAACGCUGGGACUCGAAACAAACGGAUGACGUACGGCCGACGAGCUCGGGUCCAAGUCCAGCGACGGACAACCAGUCACGGCUGCCUGUUGCGCCGGAGAGGGUUCAAAAGAGAGUGGAGCGGCGAACCGCCGGGAGACGUAACGAGCAGUCGCCAGCUGGUGGCCGGUCUACGUGGAUCGUUUGUGCUUGCGACGAGUGUGCACGGUUUGCUUGGUGUGUACGCAAAAGCGGUUCCGCGACGCGAUAAGCGCGAGACUUUACGGACGAAAACACUCGUGCUCCGCAACAUGACGACGAGUUGCUUCCGUUGACGGUGGUUCGCUUUCAAAACGGCUCGGCGGAGCUUGCUAUUGUUCUAAGAGACGCAAGCGAACGCACACCGAUGAAAGUGUGCCUUCGGCAGGAUGUCGUCUGUGUUUUCGAAGCUGAUCGACAAGACGUCUGCCAAAUACGGCAUCAAGCAAGAGCACCUCACGCGUGGCGUCGUUAGCGCAGUAACGACACUCUAUCUUCUCAAGAUUGGUUACCCGUUAGUGGCUUCUAGUAUCAAGAAGUAUCAGGAGAGAAAGAGGAAAGAAAAUGAAUGUGCGGGCAAGACUACGAAACGGUACAAGAGCAACGCCAUUAAUGGGGGAACCCCCGUUAAAGCUGGGAAGCCGAGCGUCGGUCUGGACCGCGAGUUCGUUAAACAGCUGAUCGCGUUACUGAAGAUCAUGGUUCCAGGAUGGAGAACGCGCGAAGCCGGAUUGUUGACCUGCGCUACACUGACGCUACUCACGAGAACUUUCCUCUCUGUGUAUGUUGCCACUUUGGAGGGUCAGAUCGUGAAGAGAAUAGUGCUCAGAGAUGUGCGCGGUUUCUUUUGGAUGCUAGCUAGAUGGUUCGCCAUUGCUUUACCCGCGACCUUCGUGAAUUCGGCCAUUCGGUAUUUGGAGGGUCGGCUGGCUCUAAGCUUCAGAGGACGCUUGGUGGAGUAUGCUUACAAAAUGUAUUUGAGUCAGCAAACCUACUACAGAGUAGCAGCUCUGGAUACUAGACUCGGAGGUGCUGAGCAAAGACUGACAGAUGAUUUGUCUGAACUGGCAAGUUCCGUAGCACAUCUAUAUUCAAGUUUAACCAAACCAUUGUUAGACUGUGCACUAGUGGGUAUUGCAUUAAUGUCUUUUUCAUCUAAAAUGGGAGCAAGAAGAAUGCAAGGUCCAUUACUGGCAUCUGCAGUAAUAGCUUUAACUGGUCAAAUUCUACGUCUUGCUUCUCCUAAGUUUGGUCAAUUGGUAGCUGAAGAAGCAUCACGACGUGGACGAUUGAGAGAGGCUCAUGCUCGCAUUAGUGCCCAUGCAGAAGAAAUUGCAUUUUAUGGUGGACAUUGUACAGAGCAUCGCUAUUUAACUACAGCAUAUAAGUCUCUUGUAUCACAUUUAAGAAGAGUGUUAGCACUCAAAUUGUGGUAUGUGAUGCUAGAACAGUUACUCAUGAAAUAUGUGUGGUCUGGCACUGGACUCUUAGUUAUUGCCAUGCCUGUGCUUUAUACUACAGUUACUUCUAGAAGUUCAUCCAAAUAUGAUGAUGGUGAUGGUGGAGUAAGUGAAAGGACUAGGUAUUUGACAACUUCUAAAAAUCUUUUAAGUUCUGGGGCAGAUGCUGUGGAAAGACUUAUGUCAUCGUAUAAAGAAUUAGUGGCAUUAGCAGGGUAUGCAGCACGAGUCAGUGAAAUGUUAGACGUAUUUAAAGAUGCUGCACUGUGUAAAUAUAGAAGAAAUAUUGUUAGUAGUCCUAUGAAAAUAGCAAAUGGUAAUGCGAAUAAGAUCCUAGAGAGAAUAAUUGAAUUAAAGGAUGGUACACCAGUGAUUAAGGGAAUCGUACAAGAAAGCACUGAUGGCAGUAUAAGCUUAAUCAAUGUGCCAAUAGUAACACCAAAUUGUGAAGUUAUUGUGCCGAAGUUAUCAAUCCAUAUUGAACCUGGCGAUCAUAUAUUAAUCACUGGUCCCAAUGGAUGCGGGAAAAGUUCUCUAUUCCGCAUAAUUUCUGGUCUAUGGCCAGUUUAUGAUGGUACCUUGAUGAGACCACCUCAGAAUUACUGUGGAAGACCCGCAUUAUUUUAUAUACCACAAAAACCUUACAUGACAGUUGGUUGCUUGCGGGACCAAAUCAUCUAUCCUGCAGAAUCCCAAACAGAAGACUGCUCUGAUGAAGAACUCCUGAAAUUAUUAGGAGAAGUUGAUUUACGAGGACUAGCGGAGAGGGAAUCGGAAGGGCUCGAUACUGUAGGUGAUUGGGAUUCAACUCUAUCUGGUGGUGAAAAACAAAGGCUAGCAAUGACUAGAUUACUCUAUCAUGCACCGCAAUACGCUUUGUUAGAUGAGUGCACUAGUGCCGUGAGCCUCGAGGCUGAAGGCGUAAUAUAUGAAACCGCCAAAAAGAAAGGCAUCACGUUGCUAACUAUUACUCACCGUGUAGCAUCACUUGCAAAAUACCAUAAACUGUUGUUGCGCUUCGACGGUGAAGGAGGUUGGGCUUUUGGUCCGUUAGACGAGAAAAAUGCAGCACUUUUAAUUAACCAAGUUCAUGAAAAGAACGAGCAAAAUGAAGUGAAAGGAGGCCGGUAUCAAAUAUCACAGGAACUUCGUGAUCUACAUUCGGAAGAGUCAAAGAUUGGGAUUAGUUGA